UUUUUCCCUGUAACACAACAGUUCCCACGUUUGAGGGAGGUGGCGAAGUCAAUAUUUGGACGGAGCGGUGGGAUCCGGGUGGAGAUUGCGGACAGCGUAGUGCUGCGGGCUGGCGGCGGAGAGUAUUGGCGGCGGGGUCCUCCAGGCCCGGCUUUCCUUCGCACGGAAAGUUGGGCUGGAAGCGCGAGCGCGGCGGUUAGCGAGGGGGUGGAGUGCGCAUGUGCAGAGCGCCGCCCACAGCUGGAGCCCGAGCCCGGCAGCGGGGGCUGGAGAGACAGCGGAGGUUUUGCCGCUGAGGGAAGCUUGAAAUGACGGAAUAUAAGCUGGUAGUGGUCGGAGCUGGUGGUGUGGGAAAGAGUGCCUUGACGAUCCAGUUGAUUCAGAACCACUUUGUUGAUGAAUACGAUCCAACAAUUGAGGACUCCUAUAGGAAACAGGUAGUGAUUGAUGGUGAAACAUGUUUAUUAGACAUUCUGGAUACGGCAGGUCAAGAGGAGUAUAGUGCUAUGAGGGAUCAAUACAUGAGGACAGGAGAAGGAUUCCUUUGUGUAUUUGCCAUAAAUAAUAAUAAAUCUUUUGCAGAUGUUCACUUGUACAGAGAACAGAUUAAACGAGUAAAGGAUUCUGAAGAUGUUCCCAUGGUAUUGGUGGGGAACAAAUGUGAUCUACCUGCCCGGACAGUGGAUACGAAACAAGCACAGGAACUAGCUAGGAGUUAUGGGAUACCUUUCAUAGAAACCUCAGCAAAGACAAGACAGGGAGUUGAAGAUGCAUUUUACACACUGGUACGAGAGAUUCGGCAGUACAGAAUGAUAAAACUCAACAGUCAAGAUGAUAGAAACCAAGGCUGCUUGGGAUUAAAAUGCAUUAUUAUGUAAUUAGGAUAUAUUGGAUGCCUCUACGUAGCAGUCUGUGAAAAAUACGCAACCAAAAUCUGAGCAAAAAUGGAGAAAAAGAUCAAGACUAACAGUCUUUCAUGUGAAAUUGCAGACCAUACCUACCCAUUUUCUCUUACAAAAAUGUUUUGACAUGUAGAAUAGUUUUACUAGGUACAGAUGCACUUGCUCAUUCUCUUUCUGUACAUUACACUAAAUUUACUGAAUUUCAUUUUUAUAGUACACUAACAAAUUAUGUUGGGUAUAGUUAUCAGACUGAGAUAUGUACUAGUCUGAUAAAACUGAGUUUUUUUUAACGUAAAGUGCCUGUUUACUGCAACAACAGAUUCCAGUUGUUUUGGACCUUCAUGCUAACUUGAACUGCCUAUUUCUGCCAAACUGGUUUCAAAUGUGUAAGUAUCGUAUCAACCUUAGAGUAUCAUAGACACUUGGAGAUCUGCUUGGCAAUUUAUGGGUACAGUUCCUGUGACAUUCACCUCAAACGUUAAGGAGAGAUACUAAAUUAGUGAAGUUGUGUAACUGUUAAACCAAAAGGUGCAAUCUUGCUGAAAUGCAGACAGUUACUUACUACAGCCGAUCAAUGUCUGGGUAACCACUUCAACCUGUGCUAGAAAGUUACAAAGUGGUUAUACCACACAUAGUAUCUUAAUUUGUGUUAUCUCCCUUACUAAAUUAUUGUAACCCAAAGCAAAUAGUUGGGUGCCUAUGAUCCUGAAUUGGGGAUCAUUGAUAAUAUUUCUAAAGAAUUUUUGUUCUUCUCAAGUUUCCUGCUGUCAGUGCAGAGUUAUUGAAAAUUUUACCUGUUGGACAAAUAAUUGUACUGGGAUUCAUUCAGACUAAAUAGGAAGCUUAGCAGUUCCUCAAUCAGUGCAGUGAGGUUCUUAAAUUGUUCUUAAAAUAAGUUCUUUUUUUUUUAAAAGAAACAAACCUGAUCAGUAGUCUAUUGAGUAUCUUUGUGGCUGGUUCCUAAUUGUAGUGAUUUUCAUCAGCCGUUAGCCCUAAUAGGUAUGGUGUACGUUUUUAACACCCAUUUUCACCAAAAGGCCCAAGGCUGGCAUUGAUUAAGAGCAUUAAUGGGCAAAGAAGGGGAGUGAUCUGUGUGCUUUAUUUUCCCAUGUGCCUUACCUGAUCUGGGAGUGUUUGUUUUCUGUUUACAGUGCAGCCAUUCCUUAUAUUGCCAGGCAGCAUUAUCUAUUUAAACACAUUGUCCAUUUCAGGCUUCUAUAACAUUGUUUUGGUGAUAUGAUUUGAUGUCCAUUGUACAAACACUGGAAACCUUAAAAUCAAAAUUAUUGGGAACACUAGCCUUUGUGCAGAAGCAUUACAGUAAUAUCUUGAGAAGAAAAAGAAUUUAAGUCUUGAGUUUCAUUUUUUGGCCAGAGGGAACCACGAUGCUUUUUUAAAACUAAUAAAUGAACUAUAUUUCAGGUCUAACAAUUUCCUGAGCUCCUCUUCACAACCAGAAAGCAAAAUCAAGAUUUAUAGUAGUGUUUGGUAAGCAACACUGCUUAAUUGGUAAUUUGAUUUAGGAUUUCGAGUUUGUAUCUUUUAACAAUCUAUUAUAAUAGAAGGUAGUUUGGGGAAGAUUUUGCAGAUAAAUCAAUUUAAAAAUUAAUAACUGCAUCACAACCAAAACAGCUGCGUGAAGUUGGAUCGUGCUUCCUGAAAUGUGUGAUAGUAAUAAGUAAACCCCAGAGUUAAAUGAUGUAUAAUGAAAAGCGCAAGAUGCGCCAAUAAGAACAUAUUUUUUAACGUCUUAGGGCUUAUUCUUCUGUCAUUCUGGGUUCUACACCCUUCACUGUACAUUGAAGGCCAAAUUGCACUUCCCAUAUUAAAAUUAUUAACUUUCCAUUUUAAGAAAGGAAAAUCUUACAAGUAAUUCAUGUUUGGUUACAGCCUGUUCUGUUUCUUUAGUUUGUCAGCAUUACCAACCCACAUCACAUCUCAGAAUGGUGAUUUUUCUUGGGAACACCAAGACCUACAGGAAGAAGUGUGCUGUUCAGUUUUAGAAAACUCCAGAAAUUGGAAAGUUUAUGUUACAUGCAGAUUUGUGUACCACAUUUUACAACAUUGAGCUCAUUCAACCCUAAAUACAUGGUAACAUGGAGUAAAGAAAUGGGAGUGAAGCACUCGGCCCCUCAGGCCUGUUCUGCCAGAAAAUUAGAUCAUUACUGAUGUAGCAUAUUUUGGAGGCUUUGAUAAAUAUUGGCAAAUUGAACCUGACGUUCUGCACCUAUUGAUGAUUGCUAUUAACUGAAGACUUAAGUCAGAUUUUACUUUGCUGAGAUGUAAUUGUAUGAUGGUCACAUCUUGACCUAGGACCUUAUUCUCAUUUAAUUUCUCUGCAUAAUAUUAAACAUUAUAAUAAGCUUAAAAGAUUUUGACUUACUGGAAGUUUGAGCUGUGUUUUUGCUGACUUGGAGUUUGAAUUUGUUUUAUUGUUUUCAGUGCUUUUAUACUUUUAGAUAUGGCACCCCCCAAGGUGUGUGUGAUAAUGUUAAUUUGUUCUUCAAUCUCUCUUCCCUUCUGAAACCUGCACCCCCUUUCAUCAUAUUCAGGAACUCAAUGGGCUGGUCCAAAUGACGCUUAUCACUAGGGUUUCCUGUUAACAGACUAGAGCAUUUUUCCUUUUUUUUUCUACUCUCCUCUGAAAGCUUAGUUGUUGUAGUAUCCUAAGUUGAGCAUUACUGAUCAAUCACAAGAUGUGUGGCCAGUGUCAAAAGCAUUAAUUGGCCAACUAAACAAGCUGCAAGUGAGUAGGUCAGAAAUUCCAAUGUAAAUAUGUUUCUCUAGUGUUAUUGCAUGGCAGCUUUCUAUCAGAAUUAAUAUGCUGAAGUACUGAAAAAAGUCUCCUCGAGACCUCCUACUGUUAGAUUCAAGAACUGUAUGCUCCACAAAAUGCUAAAAUAGUCGUGCUUUUGUUUUGCUGCAUGUGAUGUAAGCCCUUCUGCCAGAACACUAGUGAAUCAGACAUUAUCUUUUUAAACUCCAUAGGUUUACUUGAAAAUUAAUCUGAAUUUUUCACUUUGUAAACACAUUAGUAUCCAUACAGUUGUGAAAAUGAUUUUAUUUAAUGUUGACAUGCGUUUCCAGUUUUGUGCAGUGGUCCAAAUCGUUCUGUCAAAGCUGAUGUCAUGUUCUGAUGUAGUUAAAGUAUUAGCAUUUGUGCAAUGGCAGGGAUUUUGGUUUGCAUUUAUCAAAGCAUUUGCUGUGGUUUCAGACUGAUGACCAUUUAUUAUAGCCGUAUUAAGACUCUGAGACACAGCAUCUUUUUGCAUCUCAGUUUUCAGGAAUAAGGACUUUAUAUUUUCACUACUGAAUGCUCUUUGUAGAUGGAAAUAAUGUUUCUGUCCAUUUCAUCAUAUUUCCUGCCAAAUCUAUUGCUUUGUAUUUGGAAGUUCAGGUUACAAAUGUUAUGUAUUAAUAAUGUAUGGUUAAAAAGUAUAAUUGAAAAGAUGUAUGUUUUACCCUGUUUGAUAUUGUAUUUGUAUUCGUUGUUCAAUUCUCCCAGACUUGUGAUUCUCUUAGUUCAUUUCCUAGUCAUCUCUAAUCUGAGAUUUUAAUAUGCGUUGAUAAACUAUUAAUGUUUGUACUAGACAAAUUUGAUGCCAUUAUUUUGACAUGUUCUUAAUGUGUGAAGUUUUUAGAAUGAGAUCUGCUGAACUAAACUCCUCCACCGCUCCCCUAACCUCCUUCACCGCCCCAAAAUUCUCAUCCUCAAAAGAUGCUGUCUGUCUUGGGCUUCUACAUAGUGGAAUGGAACUUUUCUCCUUUCUGCUGAACAUGUACGUGAAGGCUCAGUUUAUUGUGGAAUAUUUUUUGUGGGGCAAUACAUUUGUGAUGCACUAAAUGAGCAUGCUCAGUGUAUUGAGAUUCAGGUAAAAAUUAGUGUAACAAAUUGAAUGACAAAAACAGACUGUAACAAUAUUUCUGUGGUUUUGCAGAAAGGCAUUGCUUGUGUGGGAACACUCAAAUUGCACAAAUAGCUUUUUAAAAUAGCCCUAUGAAGAAUAAUGAUCUGUGUGAUGAAAUUCUGGAAGUAUGUAUUGUUUCUUUGAACCUAAUAUUUUCAUCACAACAAACUCUUAAUCUUUGUUUUGAUAUGUACAGUAGUUAGUGUUAUUUUCAUAUUCUAGAGAAGUAUUAUGUACAUGUUUUGAUAUUAGAGUGCAGGUUAACUAGGCUAUUUUGGUUUGUAAAGCCGUGAACUAAUCUUGCACUGACUAUUUCUUCUCCUGUCAUUUCCGUAUUCACAAUCUACAACAGCAAUCGAGUAUCUGGUCACUUAAGUUGGAUAAAAUUAAUUGAUUUCAUUUUAGUUUUAAUUAUCAUGCUGUAAAAGAUCCAGCAAAUCACAGAACUGAUCUUCAUUCUUGCCACUUCCUCUCUGCCCCUCCCAUACACACAAUUUGCCAAAAAAACAUGGGCAGUAAUUGUGACCGAGUGUUUCUAAUGAACUGGGUUAAAUUGGAACAUUUCCCAGUUUUGUUUUCUUGUUUCACUCAUCCCAGAUUCAAACAUUUGGCAGUGUUCUAGUUCUAAGUGAUGAAAAGAAAUAUUUGAGUGUUCCCUUAACUGUGUACAUACUGCAUUAUUUCCCCCUUUUUGUAACUCCAAAGUAUGUCUUCUUAACUCAAGUGCUGGUUUGCUUUCAUGAUUGUGAAAAUGGCUGGCUGAAAGUAUAUUUUUGCAUGAUGUAACUGCUUUUUCCCCAUGAAGAUGUUGACUUUUUUGUAAAUAAUAUUGUCUUUUAAACUGGGAAACUUUCUGUAAAUGAAAAGAAUUUCUCUGAGCUCUGGGACAAAAGGAAAAGAAAAUAUACAAAGCACUGGUGACCUUUGAUUUCUACGGUCAUGUUUCUCCUGCAUGCAGGAACAUUCACCAUGAGCCAUUUUGCGUAUUCAAUGCAGUGAGACAAUAAAAGAGAACCUAUUCUUUA